AGCUGCGUUUUGAAAAACGCUAAUUUGUUGUGGGAAAUGCGGAGUGGAGCUGUCGCCGGGAGAAACCGGGAUGUUUCGCGGCAGAGGCUCGUGGGUCGGAUUCUCAGCCCGAUUGAGACACUACAGGAUCAGACGUCUCUGCACUAAAGGAGAGAAUGGUGGGAACAAAAUCGAGAAGACGGAAUCUAGUGUUGCUCAGUACAGCGAGACUGAAUCAACUGUUUCUCGCUACGAUGAGACUUACAAGAAACUCGAUAACCUCGAUUUCGUGACUGCUGCGAAGAUCUUGUUCACUGAACCACCGAAGAAGAAUAAAUUUGGGCUUGACUGGCAUGUGGUGCAAUUCAUUAUCGUCUGCUUGCCGUCUGUAGCUGUGUAUCUGGUUGCUCAGUAUGCUCGCCAUAAAAUGAAGAUCAUGGAUGCAGAACUUGGGGAGAAGAAAAGGGAAGAAGACGAAAAGAAAGAGAAAGAAGAAGCUGAAAAGCAGGCGUUAGAAGAAGAAGCAGCGACCAAGUCUCAGGAAGAGCUGAUGGAGAUGAAAAAGAGACUGGGAAAAAUCGAAGAGACAAUAAAAGAGAUUGUUUUGGAAACAAAGAAAUCUUCAGGGAAUACUCAAACCAAAACCCAAGAUCAAUCUACUAAACUCCCACCAAAAGAAGAAAUGAAAGCGAGUAAAGAACAGAAGGGCGAUGUAGAGAAACCAGGCGAGAGACAAGCUAAUGAGGAUUCGCCUAGACCUCAUUGAGAUGAUUAGAAAGGAAACCUAGGUGGUAGAUUUAAGAAUCUGAUGCAUUGCUUUGAACUAAUGCAGUAGCCAAUAGUUGAUGCAAUUCUCUCAUUUUGCAUUCAUUUGUCGGACUCCUUUACAAUUAAAUACAGAUCACAGGGGGUUUAA